AUGGCACAACGUCAGGCGACCAUCAUGGACGCAGACGAUGUGGACGACUUUGACUUUCCCUUGCCAGAUGCUCCUCGACUGCCGCCCAAAGCGAGCUACGACGAAGAUAUGGACCUUGUAUCCGAGCCCUACGAAGCCAAUGUGCCCGACCGAGCUCGCUUGCCGCCGUCUCAGACUGCUGCGAGAAAAAGCGUGCCUGCAAAGCAAGGGCCAAGCAUAGAGCAGCAGGCGAUGUCGAUGUUCCCUGGCCUCGAAGGCAAAGAGAUGCUCAAGGAUGAUAGUCUCAAUAAGCGGUGGACAUCGCUCUAUCCGAUCUACUUUGACGCCGCGCGACCACGAAAGGGCGGACAACGACGUGUGCCUCUCAACUCGGCAGUCUGGUAUCCUCAUGCGACGGAUGUCGCCAAUGCAGCCCACAAGCUCGGUUUGAGAUGUGUGCUCGAGCCCGACAGAUUUCAUCCUCGCGAAUGGGAGAAUCCAGGCCGCGUCAAGGUCUUAGUCACAGAGAACGGCAAAUUCGCACAUCCAGUCAUCAGGCAAAAGCACGAUUUAUUGCUUAAAGUAGCAGCAGUCAUGCGGGCCGGUAUAGACGUCCGCAAAGUCAGCGAGAAGAGGCCAGACUUGCCAAUAGAUGUUCGGCUUCCGAGGCAUUCACCUGCGCUGUCACACGGCACGCUUGCGUCAGCGCUUGCAGGCGGGGGAAUACCAGGCAUGCCACCUGGUAUGGCAGGUCUCAUGGGCGGUGCAGGCGAGCAAGCCGAGAUAGAGGCUCCACCAAAGCCUGAGCCGAAACCUUCAAAGGGCAAGCGAAGGGUUCAGAUCGUUCGGAGAUGA